UAAAUGGUGUGUGCACCAGUUUGUUUUAUCUCAGCUUCAGUAGUUCAGUAUGAAGCUCAGUUUUUCAAUUUGAUAAUAAGUCAUCCCACUGUCCUUACUAUUCCACCGAAUUGUUGCAGAUAAAUUUUUCAUAACAAACAAACCCAGCCGCCUUAAUAAUGGUCCGCGAUUCUCGUGCAUUUUUGAGAAACGGAAACGUUGAAAGUACGUGCCACUGCUCGUUAACUUGCGCCGUCGCCAGGGGGUCUUCAUCUCAACUUCGAGGCUGCCGAACUCCUCGCGGCUGUAAUAGGUUCGAAGCAAAGCACGUUAAGAAGAUAGCGCAUUUUGAAAACCGCACUGCACACGUAAAGGGAACAUCAUCUCCGAAGGUCCAGGGCACGGAUAUGGCCGACCAGAUGUACGAACCGCCCUAUCGAGUGCGCGAAAACGCACAUCUCAAAUGUAGGGCUCAGUAUAACCAGCUAUACGAACGGUCUAUAAACGACCCCGAGGGCUUUUGGAAACAGCUCUCCGAGUCAUUCUACUGGAAAGAAUCAGUGAAGGGUAAGGUGUUCGAUUACAAUAUCAACGUUUACAAAGGAUCCGUGUUCGUCAAAUUCAUGGAGGGCGCUAAGACCAACAUCGCUUAUAAUUGCUUGGACGUCCACGUUCAGGGUGGCUCCGCAGACAACGUCGCAUACUUUUGGGAAGGAAAUGAUCCAGAAGAUACUAAGACUCUUACGUACGGACAGUUACUUCAACAGGUGUGUCGCAUGGCCAACGUUCUGAGAGCAAAGGGCGUUAAGAAAGGUGACCGCGUUGCAAUCUAUAUGCCGAUGAUACCCGAGUUGGUUGUCACUAUGUUGGCAUGCGCACGUAUUGGCGCUAUACACUCGAUUGUGUUCGCUGGUUUCUCGGCGGACGCGUUUGCUGAGCGUGUUGUGGAUGCUCGUGCUAAGGUUGUCGUUACCUGUGAUGGUGUAUGGAGAGGAAACAAGCUAAUCAAUCUUAAGAAAAUUGUGGAGGAAGCAAUUGACAAAGCAUCGUUAGUGGCGCACGAGGUGGAAAGUUGCAUUGUAGUACGACAUCUGUCUCCCGCUCCGGAUUCUACAGCACUCUCGAUUGAAGGCAAACGACCCUAUGGCCCUUUCAAGGUAAGCUUAAGCCCCAUCAGCAGUUGGUACCAUGACGAGGUCGCAAAACACAAGGACAUCUGCGAGCCUGAAUGGGUGGAUUCGGAAGACCCCCUUUUUCUUCUGUAUACGAGUGGAUCGACCGGUAAACCAAAGGGUAUCGUGCAUACUACCUCGGGUUACAUGGUGUACACGGCGACCACUUUCAAGUUCGUAUUUGACUACAGGAAGGGCGAUGUGUAUUUUUGCACCGCUGACAUAGGCUGGAUUACUGGCCACUCAUACGUCUGUUAUGGACCUCUUCUUAAUGGAGCCAUCAGUGUUCUUUUUGAAGGGACCCCUUUCUAUCCCAAUGGCUCUCGACUGUGGCAGAUUGUUGACAAGUACCGCGUGACUCAGUUCUAUACGGCCCCUACGGCAAUCCGGGCUUUAAUGAAGGAAGGUGAUAGCUUGGUGUCCUCGACUUCCAAGCGUCAGACAUUGCGUAUUCUUGGUACUGUUGGUGAGCCCAUAAACCCUGAAGCAUGGUUGUGGUACCAUCGUAUCGUAGGCAAUGAGAACUGUGCCAUUGUGGAUACGUUCUGGCAAACGGAAACAGGUGGACAUGUGAUUACACCAAUUCCUGGAGCGAUUGCUACAAAACCGGGGUCAGCUACUUUACCAUUUUUCGGAGUUGAGGCAGUUAUUCUUGAUGAGCAAGGAAAGGAGAUAAAGGACACGACAGAGGGAUACCUUGUCUUCAAAAGACCAUGGCCUUCAAUCAUGCGUACGAUCUUUGGAGAUCAUGAGCGUUUUGAAACAACAUAUUUUAAAAAAUUUCCCGGCUAUUAUUGUACUGGGGACGGGGGUCGUCGCGAUGCCGACGGUUACAUUUGGGUAACUGGCCGUAUGGACGAUAUGUUAAACGUCUCAGGUCAUCUACUGUCAACUGCUGAAGUCGAAUCCGCGCUUAUCGAACAUGAAGCAAUUGCCGAAGCGGCCGCAGUUGCAGCUCCUCACCCAGUAAAAGGAGAAUGUCUCUACUGCUUUGUCACGCUCAAAGAGGGCUACGAGUAUACCGAGACGACUGCGCAACGACUUCGUGAAAAGGUCCGCGAACGCAUUGGACCAUUUGCAGCGCCAGAUGUCAUCCACGCUUGCCCUGUUCUUCCUAAAACUCGCUCAGGAAAAAUUAUGAGGCGUAUUUUGCGAAACGUCGCUGCUAAUAAUCGAACCUUUGGUGACCUCAGCACGCUCGCUGAUGAGGGCGUCAUUGAGACGCUUUUUGCAACCCGCCCUGCAACAGCACCAACUCUCGUGCCGGCAAAAAGCAAAGAGCAGAAUACUUCUUCGAGUAGUAACGCUGCUCGCUCCUACUAGGACGACACGGAAUGACCGACGACCGUUAACACUUCAUCUAUAUCCAAAAAAUGCUAAAAUUAUUUGGUGUCGUCAAAAUCGGCCCACAAAAAUUAAAGAGGAAAGCAGUAUUUAUGUACGUAACGGUUACCAGUGGCCCGAAAUCCUAACGGCACAUACGAACAUUAUUGUUAAUGGCCUCGACCAGCAAAGCGGCAAAUUUCAGGCCCACAAAAAUCUGAGGUAAGAACUAUCUCAUUGCAUCAUCUUAAGUAAAUGCCGAAUCAGUCUAUUCUACAACCGUGAACGGAAAAAGAAUAUAUAUAUAUAUUAGCUUGAUCAGAUCAUUUGGCCCAUGAGGUUACUUCAUCAAUAUACAUAUCAACAGACAAACACGUACAGGCAUAUACAGUAAGAUAUGGAAUACUGUGGAAAUCUAAUUAUUACUAGAAUUUGUCGCACUAUCGACAUUACUCUGUUGGGUAAACUCUAUAACACAAAUAAGUUAAUCAUAAAAACCGGAAUGCGCCCCAUAUUUUUUAUUAUAUAUUAUAUUAUUUAUUAUAAUAGAUUUUAGCAAUUCAUUGCUACUACCAUAUGUAAGGCAACACACGGGCCAAUGAAAUAAUAAAGAUGAGUCCCGACGGGAUUAACGCGUGGCCGCAAUCGAAUAAAAAUCAAGCAAAAUCACAAUCAAAGACGGCACCACGUCUCAGAAAGCUUUACGACAUUACGAUAAUACAACGAAAACAGUGCACAAAACGUUAAAGAUCAGUAUAUAACAUUUCAUUAAAAAAAAAAUACACACAAAUAAAACGAUGCGACGAUGUCCAAAAGAUUUUUUUUCUUAAGGAUAUAUUUCUGCAUAGAAAUGUGCGGGCAUCGGCUUACUUAAUAAACACCUUUGUUCACAUCUUUUAGAUAGACGUCAAGAGACUAAGUAAAUUGGAGCCCAAGAUGGAUGACUUCAGUAAGGAAAGUUCAUCGGUACUCGAGCCAGUCAAAUUUGCCAAUCGCGAAUGACUCUGUUGUUUAUCGAAUGGGGUUUUUUUGCCAGGUUUACAUCAGAGCGGCCCGUCGGAAUGCACGUAACAAAACAUAUUCGUUUAUCCAGAGAUAAAGGCGUAUUGUGAAUCGAAUCAUGACGAUGACCUAACAUGUAUUUAGAACCUAUGCUGUGUUAAAUCUAAAUAUAGUUUAUGCAUAACCGUAUA